AUGAAGCAUAACGCGACCAUGGCCCUGGUCUGGCAAUCUCACAGAGCCUGGGCCUGUCGCACGAAUCCUACGAAGCCCCCCCCCCCCCUUCGAACUGGUCAGAUUGGCACCAUUGGACAUUGUGUCUUGGGGUCUGGGGCUCAGGCCAUCAAUCUAUCUGUUGUUCGAGCAGAAAACGUUCAGAGAAUGACGGGCGGGAUGGUAGAACCCCCGACACCGGGUCACUCUCGGCGAGCCGUCGUGCCGGACGUUCAUGUAUCACUGCCAGACCUCAUCCCGUACUUCACUGUUCCCGUCAUCCGAUGA